AGCCGCGGCGGAGGAGCAGGAGGCGGCGGAGGGAGGGAGGGGGCGGGCGGGCUGCGGCGCUCGGCUCUGCCGCCGCGGAUGUGCCGCCCCCGCGCCGCGCCCGCCGGAACAUCUCCAGGCACUGAUCCGUAGAAGAUCCUGGACCACAGAGGAGCAGCUGAGAGUCUUCAGCCCACUCCCUGUCUGCUGUGGACUUGGAAAAGCAUCUCUCAGCUUCUGGAUGUCCAAGCCUCUCACCUUAAACUUUAAGCUUUACGUUUUCUGCUUGAUAACAAAUUACGCUCUCAAUCUGUUGUUAUUUUAAGGGGCUGGGGAGCUGAACUUACUGGCUGACCAGCAUGGCUAAAAUUAGAUUUGUUUUAACUGUUUGCCAGUUGGUGCUAGAAUUGUUAAUGAAUUCAUUAACUGAGUCUUCCAUACAGAGUAAUGAAUGUCCACAACUUUGCGUAUGUGAAAUCAGGCCAUGGUUUACACCACAGUCAACUUACAGGGAAGCUACAACAGUUGAUUGCAAUGACCUUCGUUUAAUAAAAAUCCCCAGCAAUCUUUCCAGCGACACUCAAGUCCUUCUCUUACAAAGCAACAAUAUCGCAAAGACCACAGACGAACUCCAACAGCUGUUUAAUUUAACAGAAUUAGAUUUUUCACAGAAUAACUUCACUAGUAUCAAAGAUGUGGGGCUAUCAAAUCUCACUCAACUUACUACUUUGCACCUGGAGGAAAACCAGAUAACAGAGAUGACUGACUACUGCUUGCAAGACCUUUGUAAUCUUCAGGAAUUAUAUAUAAAUCACAACCAGAUCAGCAGUAUUUCUGCAAAUGCAUUCUCUGGCCUGAAGAACCUUCUAAGAUUGCAUCUCAAUUCCAACAAAUUAAAAGUUAUCGACAGCCGUUGGUUUGAUUCUACUCCUAACUUAGAGAUCCUUAUGAUUGGAGAAAACCCAGUGAUUGGAAUACUAGAUAUGAACUUCAAACCGCUCUCAAAUUUAAGGAGUCUAGUUUUGGCAGGUAUGUAUCUCACAGAUAUUCCUGGCAACGCAUUAGUAGGCUUGGAUAGUCUUGAAAGUCUUUCCUUUUAUGACAACAAACUGGUAAAAGUUCCUCAGCUUGCACUCGAGAAAGUUCCAAAUUUAAAAUUCUUGGAUCUCAACAAAAAUCCAAUUCAUAAAAUUCAAGAAGGGGAUUUCAAAAAUAUGCUCAGAUUGAAGGAACUCGGGAUCAAUAAUAUGGGAGAGCUCGUUUCCGUUGAUAGGUACGCGUUAGACAACCUGCCUGAACUUACAAAGCUUGAAGCCACCAACAAUCCAAAGUUGUCCUACAUCCACCGUUUGGCAUUUCGCAACGUUCCCGCUCUGGAAAGCUUGAUGCUGAACAACAAUGCCUUGAACGCGGUCUACCAAAAGACAGUGGAAUCCCUUCCGAACCUGCGCGAGAUCAGCAUCCACAGUAACCCGCUCCGGUGCGACUGUGUCAUUCACUGGAUAAACUCCAACAAGACCAACAUCCGCUUCAUGGAACCGCUGUCGAUGUUUUGUGCUAUGCCCCCCGAGUACCGAGGACAGCAGGUGAAGGAAGUGGUAAUACAGGAUUCGAAUGAACAGUGUCUUCCAAUGAUUUCUCAUGAGACUUUUCCAAAUCACUUAAAUUUGGACAUCGGCAUGACAGUGUUUUUAGACUGUCGGGCCAUGGCGGAACCUGAGCCGGAGAUUUACUGGGUCACUCCUCUCGGAAAUAAAGUAACCGUUGAAAGCCUCUCUGACAAAUACAAGCUGAGCAGUGAAGGUACCCUGGAAAUCUCUAACAUUCAGGUCGAAGACUCGGGGAGGUACACGUGUGUUGCCCAGAACAUCGAAGGGGCCGACACGAGGGUGGCCACCAUCCGAGUGAACGGCACGCUUCUGGACGGCGCUCAGGUCCUGAAAAUCUACGUGAAGCAAGCGGAAUCGCAUUCGAUUUUAGUUUCUUGGAAAGUUAAUUCCAACGUCAUGACUUCCAAUUUAAAAUGGUCGUCAGCUACUAUGAAGAUUGACAACCCUCACAUCACGUACACUGCUAGGGUCCCGGUUGACGUACACGAAUAUAACCUCACGCAUUUACAGCCAUCUACAGAUUAUGAAGUGUGUCUGACUGUGUCAAAUAUCCAUCAACAAACACAGAAGUCCUGCGUUAACGUUACAACAAAAAAUGCAGCUUUUGCGCUAGAUAUUUCAGAUCAGGAAACCAGCACUGCCCUUGCUGCGGUAAUGGGAUCUAUGUUUGCUGUCAUUAGUCUUGCCUCCGUUUCUGUUUACGUUGCAAAAAGGUUUAAGAGAAAAAACUACCACCAUUCAUUGAAAAAAUAUAUGCAAAAGACCUCGUCGAUCCCACUGAAUGAGCUCUAUCCCCCACUUAUUAAUCUCUGGGAAGGUGACAGUGAAAAAGACAAGGAUGGCUCUGCGGAGACCAAGCCAACCCAAGUCGACACGUCCAGAAGCUAUUACAUGUGGUAACUCAGAGGAUAUUUUGCUUCUGGUAGUAAGGAGCACAAAGACUUUUUUGCUUUAUUCUGCAAAAAUGAGAAGUUGAAGACUUUUGUAUUUUUGACUUUGCUAGUUUGUGGCAGAGCGGUGAGGACAGGUGGAUAUUUCAGAAUUUUUUAGUAUAGCGUAUCGCAAUUGUUUGACACAAAUGGCAGCUUCAUCUAGCUUCCAAUAUUUUUUUCUCUUUUUCUUUUUUUAGUUAUUGUGCUAAACUUAAUGCUGUUCUAACUACAGUGCUGCAUCCGAUUAACGAGAGGCUGGGGUUACCCUGCGAUUCCCAGGUCGCACAACCCCGUUCUUCCGAAGCCAUCCGUAGAGAGUACAGUAUCCUGCAAAGCCAACAUACAGUCCGGAAACUGCAGUGAACUCAUUUUGUAACACGGGUCCAAGGACUCGAACCGAGGAGAGGAGACCUCGAACGAUGUUAGUUGACUGUACUGUAAUGUUGUAUCAACUGAUCUGAAUGUUUUUGACUUUGGACAAUGGUUUUUCUUUUCUUUCUUUUUGUAGUAGUCGAAAAGGCUUAGGUAAAGCUAACAGGCAAUAGAAAUAUGUACCCCCAAUUUUUUAAUGUAACAGACUAAAUGUUAAUUGUUCUCUUAUUCUUUUUAUUAUAUUUAGUAGACACUUUAAAAGAAUACUAGAGUUUUGUUGUGCUUAAUCCACCAACACAUGGUGUUUAAUGAAGGCAGAACUAUAAUAAAUUUACAGUUUUGUUCUGAUUUUUUAUUUUAGAAGUCACAACAAUGUAUUGGGUUUAGUUGUCACUAGUUUGACUGGUGAUCAUGUUUUGACAUAAAAUAUAUCCAAAAUGUCAUAUAAAAAUAUUGUGCUUUUUUCUUGAGGGAAUUACAUUUCAACAAAGUUCCAUUUUUUAAAUGCAUUAUUUUAAUAGCAGCAUUUUCUCUGCACUGGAUGCAAAAUAUUGAAAAUUAAUUAGAAAAAUAUGUUGGUAUGGCUUUUGGACUGUAAAUCACAUGCAGAAUCAAAAUUGUUUGGUGUAAGGUACACAGAAAAAUAAUACACUGAGUGUGUAAGGUGUAUUUUCCUUUUUGUAUACUUUUCUGUUUGUAUUUUGAACUAAGUUACAAAUGAAGCUGACAUUUAGCUGUCAUUCUAAUUAGGUAAGAAAAAAAAGACAACUCAGUGCUACCAAACUGAUAUAAAAUAAUUGAAUCCAGACAUACACCUUAAAAAAUGCUAACUGGAUCAAUAUCCCUUCAAAAGCAGAAUUUAAGGUAUCUAAAACUAACAAGAUGAUAAUAAAUCUGGGUCCAGUGCUGAAAUGUAAUUUAUGGACUUAAAAAUAACCUGUACUCUAAGUAUUUUACUGAAUUAGGUAAGCAGGUUAGAUGAAUCUGGUUCAGAUGGUGUAAUAAUAUGUUAAAAUUGCAAAAACUUUCAGCAGGCAACGGUGUUUGUGUGCGCACUGGGUAUCAUAUAAAUACAUAAUUUUCAGUUGAAUCUAUAGCAGUGUCCUACGGUCUCUUUUCUGAAACCACUGAAGUUCUCAGCAGGGACUGCACGUUUCUGGUAACGGAUAUGCUUAUAGUUGUACUAGGUAUCUAAUCAGCAAGCACAGAAUUUUCUACACUUUAUGACCACUAUUAAUAUGCAACUUUUUAAAUGUUUUUGCAUACCAAAUACAUUCUUGGUGAGUAAAAGUGAAUUGUUAAAAUAAUGGAUGUGCCUGGAUUUUGGGGUUGUUUGAGGUUUUUAACUCGCCAGCUUCUGAAAAAAUCACAGAGCCCCCCAAAAUUUGAAGAUAAACUCCUUCAGCCACCUGUCUCGUGGAAGAAGUUAAGUUAUCAGCAUAGUUUUACUAACACAUUGCUUUGGUGCGGAAACUUCAGCACGGCUCUUGGAUAUAUGCCUUGUUGGUCUUGCAUUUCAACGAAAAGCUGAGUGAAGCUAUUAAUUCUGUGUUUAAAUCAAGUACUUAUGCUGCUAUACACAAUCUUUUAUAUGUUCAUGAGAUCUCAUAAAUUUAAUCAUGUGACAACUGUAUGCUGGGAUGUGGUAAGUGUCUUUUGAUCGCAGAGAAGUAGCAUGGUGGAAGCAUUUAUUUUCAAUGUUAAUGGAAGAUCUCUUCUUGCCUUCUUCUCCAGGAAAGCUUCAGAGCAAUAAUUACCAUCUUGUCUAUAUGCUAUUCUAACCUUAGAACUGCCUCUGUUAUUAUAACAGACAUGAUGAAUUAAAACUGAGAUUUGUUUUGCAGUGAAAAUUUGCUCCUUGCUUUUUCAAAGGAAAGGACACAGUAAGGAUAAAGUUGACAGCAAAAUUACGGCUUCCCACUUGCACGACACCAUGAAAUAGUCUUUAGAAAAUAAUUAACUGAGCAGGUGUCGGCUGCUGCUGAGCAAGCCCCUUCCUCCAGCAGCUCUCCUUGUACGGCUCCCUGAUAAAUAUUCAGCGCCACGGCUCACGCAGAGACAGCGGCGCUCGGCCCGAGCCGCCCCUCCAACUGGGAGAGGAACGCGCUAAUUUGGGUCCAAGCUGUUGGUUCAUCUGUCGCCGUAAGCUCGCCUGAGCCUGGGGCUGCCCUCCAAAACUGUGGUCCUGCUCUUCGUCCUCCCUCUCCCCAUCCUCCGUUACCAUAGCUGAGAUCUUCUCUUGCCCGCGCUGAGCAGUCCCUGCUGAUGGAGCCAGACCACGCUGAGAACCCGUUCGUCCACGUGGCUGGGUUAGUUCUCACUAGAACACGUUCUCCGGUUCGGGCUGUUGCAGCAGCGCUGGGGAAGAAGGAAAGCAGCAGGGACGCGCGGGAGGCAGAGCAACGUUUAACAUGUUCCUGUCAGCCGGGGAAACCCGGGGCCUGCCGUUUCGCUUUUGUGUCAUUUGCGAAUGCUGUUGAAGAGCAGGAGAAGCAGCUCUUGUGACAGCCCCUAAGCUUCUCCAGGAUGUGCUGAUGGGUGCUGUUUCAGGGUAGUUGCUGCUAACGGGACUCUGGGAGAAAGACGGAGGUUAGCAGAGAGCUGUGCGACGGUGGGAAGCAGCUGCCUAACGCGGCCCAGGCUGCGCCUAGGGCCGGCAGCGGUUCGCACCUCGGCCCGGGGAUCCAGCCCCUCGGAAAGCUGUGCACGGCCCCCGGGAAUUAAGCGUUCUGCUAAUAAACGCGAAAAAGCAGUGGUAAGAGACUGAUCACAUGUGGCACAUACUCUCAAUAAAUAACCUUCAACCUUGCA